CGUCUGUGGGGGGCUGCUGUUGCUACUGUGUCAGUGGGAGAAUAUUUUUUUAUCGGAUUACAGCAUUCAGUGUUUCCCCUUUAUCGCCCCCCCCCACACUACAAAAAUAAACAGCCCACUGUGUUCACAGAGCGCUGAAAAGGACGGAGGACCAAAAGAGGCGACUCCAUCACAGAUCGCUGACUGUCGGCCUCUGCCAGUGAAGGUUGGCGUCGAGGCACACUGAUGCCUAGCUGGGUCUGAGGCGGGCAAACGCAGGCGCAGACGAGACGCAGCGGAGAGGCACACGCGCAGCCAUGCGGCUCUUCACCGGGCCUGUGGUGAGCCGCUCUGGGAGCAGCACUCAAAGCAGCCCCGCGCUGCUCUGCGUGUUGUAUCUGCUGGUCAUGCAGCUGCAGCCCUGCUCCGGCUGCCCGUCUGUAUGCGUAUGCAGCUCAUCCGAGGCAGACUGCAGUGGCCGCGGCCUGGUGGCGCUCCCCGCCCUGUCAUCGCUCCCGUCAUCCACGCGCACCCUCCUCCUGCCCAACAACCGCCUCUCCUUGCUGCCCACCGCGGCCUUCACCAACCUCAGCUCCCUUGAGAGGCUGGACCUGUCCAACAACUACCUGGACAACCUGCCAGCCGGCUUGUUUGCUGAACUGGCCAACCUGAGCGAUCUCAGCUUGAGGAACAACAGCCUUACGGCACUGGACCGUGACCUCCUGCAAGGCCUGGGAAGCCUGCGGAGGCUGGAUGUGUCUCUGAACGGCCUGGCUGCCGUGCCACUGGGUCUGCUGGACCAGCAGCAAGGCCUGACUUGGUUGUCCCUGGCCGGGAACAGGCUGCAGGCGCUGGAGAGGGCCGCCUUUGAACCGCUGGUUAACCUGCAGCACCUGGAGCUGGGCUCUAACCCGUGGGAGUGCGAUUGCAACCUGCGCGACUUCAAGCACUGGAUGGAGUGGUUAAUCUACCGAGGUGGCUAUGUUGAUGCCAUGGAGUGCACCCUCCCCAAAGACCUGAGAGGGCGGGACAUCCGGAGUGUACCCGUGGAGAUGUUCAACUACUGCCUGCAGCUGGAGGAUGAGAACGGGGGUGGGUCCGGAGGGACGAAGGGCGGCUCUCCCCCAUGCGUGCGGGCCACGGCGGCGCCAGCCUCCGAGAGCACAGUGGUGCGGACGGAGACCGAGGCGCCGGACUGCGUGAGGCAGCGCUAUCGGCCUGUGAGCGUGCGACGGGCCAUCGGCACGGUGGUGAUCGCCGGCGUGGUGUGCGGCAUUGUGUGCAUCAUGAUGGUGGCGGCGGCCGCAUACGGCUGCAUCUACGCCUCCCUGAUGGCCAAGUACCAGCGCGAGCUGAAGAAGAGGCAGCCUCUGAUGGGCGACGCCGAGGCAGAAGCCGACCCCGAGGAGAAACAGAUCUCAUCGGUGGCGUAGAGCAGGGGAAGAGGGGUCGGGGUUCAGAGACAGGACUGUAUGCUCUGGAAUCGAAACCGCACGGUGAGAAGGAGACAGCAACUUUUACUGAGGCUGACUGAGGCUCGUUUCUGCCCUACCUACGUUCCUCUCUGCUCUCCCAAAGACUAGCUGUAGACAUUCUCCUCAUGCUAACACUCGGAUGUAAAGGACCCCUGCUCUAACGCCUUUGCCCUCUGUCCUUGGAUCACAGCCCACCCCCCUAGAACCAGAGGCUCAAUCAGCACUUUAAAACUUCACCCCUUCGUCUCGGCCCUGGUCUUGGAAGGAAGGAUUUCAGAGAGGAAAAAUGAACACCUGCUCUUUGAUUGCUCCUCUAUGCUGUACUCCUCUAGUGGCUAACAUCAGCAUCUGCACUAGCAGCUGCAUCAACCUUGUCCCCGCCCUAAAUAUACCCACUUUACCCCACGGAGACUCUAUUUUGGUGGUAAUGACAUAUCAUGUUAUUAAUAUCCUCCAUGUUAUUCAGAAAAUAAUAUAUAUUCUAAACAAUGUGAGGUGACCCCCACUUCUCCUGGUCUAUCUCUGUGUGCUUCUGCUUCCAUACCCAGUAUUGAAUUGUGUUUAGCACACCAUUCUGUUCCAUUUGUUUGGAUUCACUAUUAAUGUAUGCUGCUCUCCUUGUGAGUAUUAUAGGAAGCGAUAUUUGUUUGGGUUGGUGGUGCAGAAUUUGUUGAAUAAUACUUGAUGUGUGAGUCAAGUCUUGGCAUUUAGAGUAAAAGCGUAUUGAGAACUUGUGAGAGGUCUGGGUGAGCUCUUAUCCUUACAGAACCUGUGGCUAAAGCUGGGUGGGAGGCCACUUCAAGGCCUUUAUUUCUGGAGAGGAGAAGAUUAACCAGUUCUUAAAAUGAUUGCUGUGUCACUGUAUGAAUACAGAAACAGGGAGAGCAGAAUGGAUAAAAGUGUUGACUUGAUUAAGACGGUUUUCCACACAUUAUUUACCAAUAUGUUUGUAUGUUUUGUUUGUUUCAUUAUGGAUUGGAAUGCCACUAGCAAUCAGAACAGUCCGAUGUGUUGUUUCCCAUAGGAAAGUGGAAUAUAUUGCAAGUGGCAAAGUUGUCAAUAUAUUCCAAACACGAGUAGAAUAUAUUAUAAUACAUUUUAACAUGUUACAUGUGUGUAUGAGUUUGAAAUAUGUACAAAGAAGAGAGGUUGGAUAGUACUGUGUGCUCAGUUUUGUACUGUUGGACCAAUUAAUAUAACCACGUUUAGCCUAAUAGUAAGGUUAUGAUAAAGAUUUUUAGAUUAUAGGUCCAAGCUUCCUUAAAGAUCUUCCAAAUAUCAGUAUUCAAAAAAACACUACAGAUAACUACAGCAUUAGACUUUUUCCUAAAAGGAAACCUAGCUUCUGCAGUGUGCUGGGAUUAGACGAAGAUCUUAGACAAAGAUUAUUCUAGAACAGAUUAUUCCUGUCAUAUACUUUGCGGUUUAAGCUUCCAUACAUUAGCAUCCAUCACGCUGGAAAGAGACAGAUAAAGUCAGAUGGGAAAGAGAGAGGGAGAGGGAGAACAUAAGGCUAAAAAUAUUUGCAGUAACUGUGACCUUAUUGUGUCAUUUCUUCAAUUCUUUAUCUUUAUCUCACUCUUAACUCUGCUGACCUAACUCAGAGACUAGCUAUAGCUGAUUUUGUCUAAUUAAAUUUAAGUCCAAACAAUUCAAACUAAAUAUUGGUUCACAGUACAAGCAACUAAAGUGUCAUUUUCUCCCUGUGUUUGAUACAGAAUCACCAUCUUCAUCUGUUGUGAGUUUUGUCGUAAUUGCUAUUUUGGGAAGCCACAAAUAAGUGCAGAUAAUGCAACAUACGAGCAGUCCAAACCUCACUAGCUCUAUCCCGUUUAGCUAAGUGUCAGAGUUAGGGAUGUUUCGGUCACGAUCGAAAUGAAAAUGAAAAUGUAAUAGUCCCUCAAUCACAUCCCGCUGUCUAGUCCACUGCAUCUGAAGUAGUCCACUUUGGCUACGUUCACAUUACCAGGCUAAAGUGGCACAAAUCCGAUUUUUUGCCCUAAUGUGACUCAGAUCUGAUGUUUUCAGAGUUGU